CAAACAACACAUAGAGAAGAAAUAUGAAAAAAAUGCUUUACGAUUUUUACUGUUUUGUAGGCUUUCAGUCGUUGAAGAACACUCGAGCUUGACGGUUGGUUAUCAUUAGGGAGGAAAUAAUUUUUCGUGAAAAUAAUUAAAAGUGAAUUUUUCAAUUUGACUAAGUUCUUAGUGCUACUGAUAAAUUGCUGUCAAUUAAUCAAUUAAAUAAAAGUGUAAAGUUACAAAUUGUCGAUAAUUUACAUCAAUAACACUAAAUAAGACCAAAUAAAAGAUGGCAUUUACAUAUUCACUGGGUGUUGACGAGAUCAGAGGAAGACCAGGAACCAAUCUCUACAAAGCCGUUUUUGCUGAAUUCUUUGGUAUUUUCAUUCUCAAUUUCUUUGGCUGUGCUGCAUGUACACAGUCAAAUGGAGACUUUGUACUGAUUUCAUUGGCAUUUGGAUUAAGCGUUUUUAUGGCUGCUAUGACUAUUGGACAUGUGUCAGGAUGUCACAUAAAUCCAGCUGUUACUAUCGGUCUUCUAGCUGCUGGAAAAAUUUCAAUUUUCCGUGCUAUUUUCUACAUUAUUGCUCAAUGUUUUGGAAGUGUUGCUGGAACUGCAGCACUACAUGUUUUGGUUAGUGGAUUGACUGAAUCAAUUGGCCAUACACAACUCAAUGAAAAAUUGGACGUCUAUCAAGGAUUAGGAUUUGAAUUCUUCCUUGGAUUUAUCCUCGUGUUCUGCGUUUUCGGAGUCUGCGAUGAAAAUAAGCAAGAUUCAAGAUUUAUCGCACCAUUGGCCAUUGGAUUAACAGUCACAUUAGGACAUUUAGGAGUGGUUUCCUACACAGGUGCUUCAAUGAAUCCAGCCAGAAGUUUUGGUACGGCCGUUGUCAGCGGUGAUUGGUUGAAUCAUUGGGUAUACUGGGUAGGGCCAAUUGCAGGCGGCGUAGCUGCAUCUCUCCUAUAUUCACUGUUCUUUACCGCACCUAGUGCUAAAAUAAUUCAUUCAGAUAAAUACAGACAAGUUCAACAAAAUGAUGAUAAAGAGGCAGGUGUGAAAUAUCCUGAUCUAAAAUACAUCGAUGAAGAAUGAUUUAUUAAAAAACCACAAAACACACACAUUUAAAAAUUCCCUUAAUUAAUUUUUAACUUUCUCUCUGUAAUCUCCUAUUCUUUAUAGUAUUAAUUAAGUUUUAUUUUAAAUUGAAUAAUUAUAGCUGUUUGAGAGUUGUCAUAUUGUUUUGUUAAAUAUUUUUAAAAGUAGUUUCAUUUACCAUUUAUUAAAAAAAAUUCAUUUCCUAUCAAGUUGAAUAGAUCCUUUAGUUCCUCUCUCAGUUGAAAAUCCUAGAUUAUAUUUACUAUAUAGAUGGGCGCACUUCACGCUUAAAAUCAAUUUCUUUAUUUUAUAUACACUUCACAUUAUCAUCGAAAUGAAACUGCCCAAAAACGUUGUGCGAGCACCACAUAAAGCACGUUAAAUGAAAUUAGUUUUUAAUUUAUGUCAUCAAAAAACAAUUUAACGAAUUUAAUCAAAAAAACUUUUUAACACACUAUGAUUUUUUUCUAUGAUGUUAAACUUCUCAUAAAGCUUUAGAUUUAAUCCUAUAAUAUUAACUUUUACAAGAAAAAAAUGACGAAAGAAAUAAAAUUUAAACAAUAAUUGAUUAAAUACGAUUAAAUCUUGUUUUGAUCUUAGUUUUAUUUUUAUUGGAUAUUUGCACACGAACACAAAGGUUGAUUUUUAAAAGAUUUUCAAUUUUGGCAGGUCAGUGUCUACAAGCUGGAGCUGAUAAAAUAAAAGAGUAUCCAGUUCCAUUUUUCUACCUUUUUUCAAUUAGAAACUUAAUAUUGAUGGUAUCAACAAUUAAAAUGGCAAGUCACUAAGUCUCUGCAAUUGAAAUUUAUUGCUUCAUGACUAACAUUCCGUCUUGCAUUACAAUCUUUCCUUCCUUCUGAAGUCUUUUUAUCUCACUUAAGGACAUCUUUACUCUCUGAAUAGUUGUGGUUGGUGAUGUUUUAGCUUCCUUUUUACUUGAAACAUUCACAACCUUUGCAGGAGUUUUCUCAACUUUAAUUGGCUCUGAACUUUCUUCAUCAUAUUCAACAAAAGAUGCAGCAGUCAUUGGAAUUUCAAUAUAUUGUGCUUCAUGGGUAACCUUUUGCUUUUUACUUGGUGGUUGUGGUGUCUUAAAGGUUUUAUCGAUUUCAUGCUUAAUUUGAGUCUUGUCUGACUUUUCAAUAAUAUAUUCCUCGAUUCCACACAAUUCUUCGGAAUGCUUCUCAACAAAAUGAUCAUUAAGGACGUCUUGAGACAUGAAGAUACACGAACAAUAGUCACAGAAAUACAUAUCUCUCUUACUAUGUAACAAAACAUGACUAUUUAUGUCAUCAAUACUAUCUCCUUCAUAUUUACACAUUGGACAAAUUAAUGACACUGUUGCAUGAUCAAGGCAAUGAUCAAAGAACACUUCACGUUGAUCGAAAUUCUCCUCACAUUCAGGACAUUGAAGUGUAAUAGCUUCAUCUUCAUUUUUAUGCGAUGUUCUCAUAUGACGAUAAAGGUGGUGUGAAAGCAUAAAUCUCUUAUUGCAUUUUGAACAUGGAAAUGCUCGGGUACCAGCAUGAGCAGAUGACAAAUGUCGCUGCAGUCUAGCUGCCGUUUUAAAGCGAUCAGAGCAAUA